UCCAAGAAAGAAAAACAAAAAGCUCAAAUUAAUAUCUAAACGCUUAAGAAUCAUACCAGCAAAAACCAAAGAAACGGGACCUGAAAAUUCAACAGGCAAACUAAGGUCGGUUGUGAACGAAGCCAAGCCGCCAUGAGAGAGGAGAGGGAAUAGAUUUAUGGUUCUUUUCUUUGUGGCAUGGACGAUUGAGGGUGUCUUGAAUUCCCGCAUUUGUUUGAUUGAGUAACAAGAUGAGGUAUGCUUUACUUCUUGGUUUUAUGAUUGAUUAUAUUCCUUAGUUGAAGUGGUGCAAGAAUUGUAUUGGGUUUCAUGAGCUUUUGUUGAGGUGGGUUUCUGGUUAUGGCGUCUGGAUUUGCCAUUUACUUCUUGGAUAUCUGAAUAUAUUCCUUAGUUAAAGUGUGCAAGAGUUGGAUUGUGUUUCACGAGCUUCUGUUGAGGUGGGUUUCUGGUUAUGGCAUCUGGAUUUGCCAUUUUGGAAUGCUCUGUAUUUUCUUGUUAAAAUCAGUUGAGUUCUGUAGAGAUUUCUGUUUGGCAUCAACAUGUUUAACCUCGAGUAUCAAAGAAAGAGAAGAAGAGACGCACAAGUGAGCAAGAUAGAUGACUUUCCCCAAGAGAUCUUGUUUGAAAUCUUUACAAGAUUGAGUAUGAAAUCACUUUUGCGGUGCAGAUGUGUUUGCAAAUCUUGGAAGGGUUUAAUUAGCAACCCUGAUUUCAUGAACGCCCAUCUCAAAAGAAAUGUCUUGAAAAAUGCAUGUGAUCAUCUAGUUAUCCACACUGGGUAUGAUGUAAGUGGCUUCUCAGUCUAUGAUGCUGAAGAAUUUACAAAGCGUUUUGAUCUAGAGCUUCCUAGGCCCAAACAUGUCUCAUAUGCAGUUUAUGGUUCUUGCAAUGGGGUGCUUUGCAUCUCCGCUACUUGGCGUGUGAAUUUGGCAAGUCCUAUAUAUCUGUUGAAUCCAUCAAUCAGAGUAUUCAAAAAACUUCCCGAUUGCCACAUCCUGCAAACUGCCCAUUUUGUUACUCUUGGGUUUGGGUUUCAUCAGAGGGGGGACGACUAUAAGGUUGUGAGGGUUGUGAGGUUUCCACGCAAGAAAGAUUUCUUUGCAGUUGAGGUUUACAGCCUUAGAUUGGAUACCUGGAGAAGAAUUACUGCAACUCCGCCUGUUUCACAACAAGCCCGUUUUCCUCAACCCAAAUGUUUAUUCUUCAAUGGAUUUUUGUAUUGGAUUACAGUGGAGCCUUCUCAACAUUGCACUUCCAUUGUUUCCUUUGAUCUGGACAGUGAGGUUUUUCAAAAGAUUAUGCUUCCAGAUAUAUUGUUCGGAGUGGCGUCCGUACCUACUGUUCAAGUGUUUGAAGAAUCGCUUUCUUUGUUCCAUCAAAGAAAAGAUGACAAUGUUUGGUACUGUGACAUAUGGGUUGUGGAAGCAGAUAUUUGGACAAUGAACCGCACGAUUCUUCUUCCAAGAUGUGAAUCUGUAGCAUGGCCAUUGGGGAUUAGAACAGAUAACAAAUUUCAUUUGGUUAGGCAUGUUCGAAAUAUGCAACGUGACCCAAUUUUGGUUUUAUGUGAUCCUGUGUUGUGGAGAGCUAAGGAUACCGGAAUCAGCUUGAGUUAUCACUCUCAGUUUGUCGAUGCUUAUAGGGAGAGUCUAAUUUUACUAAACUGAAUUUCUAGUUCUGAGCUCCAGUUAUACAUGUGUGUAGUGAAUUCUGUUUUUGGUGUCCCAUAAUGACGAGUCAUAUGUUAGAUGUAAAUUGGUGACUGAUUUGGAGCUUGUGGACUGAUAUUCAUGUAUUUGAUAGAUCUGUUUUAAACAUUUGACAGUUAGCUUUUAAUGAAGAACUUGAAGAACCAAAA